AGUCACGCAUGCGCUCUAAUGAUAUUGUCCCUAGCACACGAAAACAAGGUUUGUUUUCACUUCCUUUUCGUACGUUGGCCGGGCGUGUUAUCUGGAGACGCUGUUUUCAAUAUUAGCGCGUAAGUAGCACAACAUGGCCUACGACUGCGUAGACAAGGUAAUAAGUCGUGUGUUUGCCGCGUAUGGAGGGUUCCUGGCACGGCACCCCAUCCCCUUCCUGGUUCUGCCGGUCAUGUUGGCAGGUGGGCUGGGAGCGGGCAUGUAUUUCAUGGCGUCUGAUUCGUCUGUGGAGGGACUGUACACACCUGAUAAUGGCCGCGGGAAGACAGAGCGCGCUGUGGUCCAGCAGCACUUCCCUCUCAACGACUCUGACGCUUUUCAGACCUCAAGACUUGUGUCGUUCGGUAGAUCUGCCAGUGUCAUUGUGACUAGUAAAGGAAACGGCGACGUUCUGAGUACGUCUGUUUUGCAAGAGGUUCUGUCACUCUACAACAAUAUAUCCGCGCUAGAAGCACAGGUGUCAGAAACAAACUACACAUUUGCAGACUUGUGUGCCGAAUGGCAGUCCCAGUGUGUAGUCGGCGGAUACCACCUGCUAAACUUUACAUUGGAGAAAAAUGAAAACACCACUAUCGGUUACCCCUGGACAGAUCUACCUGACGGGGCUCGACUCUUCAGUGGAGCCGCCUUGGGUGGGAUAACUCUCAAGUCAGAGACGGAAGAAGAAGUCAGCACCGCUGCCGCCUUCAAACUGUCCUUCUACCUGCGCAGCGACAAUUCUGAAGAUGAUAAACUGAGCGAAGGAUGGGAAAAGGUGUUUCUGUCCUACAUGGACAAUUUUGAAUCGGACAUUAUCGAAGUUUCUCGAACCUCGUCCCAGUCUCUCGAGGAGGAACUGUCCGCCCUGACGGCCCGCAUCAUCCCGCGGUUUUCCAUCACCUUCACGGUCCUCAUCACCUUCUCCAUCCUCUCCUGUAUGAUGCUGGACGUGGUCCGCACCAAGCCGUGGCUGGGCAUGCUGGGCGUCCUGUCCGCAGGCAUGGCGGUGGUGUCCUCCAUGGGACUGUGUCUGUACUGUGGGGUCAGGUUCACCAGCGUGGUCGCCUCCAUGCCGUUUCUCAUCGUAGGUAUUGGAGUGGACGACAUGUUCAUCAUGCUGGCGGCCUGGAGGAAGACCCAUCCCGGAGGCAGCGUGGAGGAGAGGAUGCGGGAGACGUACGCGGAGGCUGCGGUCUCCAUCACCAUAACAACCAUCACGGACGGACUGGCCUUCGGGAUCGGCGCCAUUACGGUGUUCCCAGCCAUCCGCAUCUUCUGCAUCUACACCGGGGUAGCUGUGCUUUUUGAUUACUUAUUCCAAAUUACCUUUUUCGGAGCCUGCAUGGUGUACGUAGGUCGCCGUGAAAAAGGCAACCGCCACGCAGCUACCUGCAUGCGGGCGGCGACUCCUCUCGAGGCCAGGGAUAGGUCGGGUUGUUAUCGCCUGUUCUGCACGGGGAACACCAUGGCGGGAGUGAACGAUAAGGGGGAGUUCUCGGGUAGUGACCAUGCUAUCAUGACCUUCUUCAAAGAUUAUUUUGGGCCUUUCAUUACCAAAACAUGGGUGAAGGUUGUAGUGAUGGUAGUGUUUGCUGGGUACCUAGGUUGUGCCAUGUGGGGAUGUCUGCAGCUGAGGGAAGGCAUUCGCCUCAGUAACCUUGCUGCCGAUGACUCCUAUGUAGUGAGUUACAACAACAAAGAUGAUCAGUAUUUCACGUCCUAUGGUGCCAAAAUUUCUGUCAGCUUUACCGAUGAGCUAGAAUAUUGGAACACAACCGUCCAAGAUCAAAUUGAAAAUAUCCUUAGUCAGUUUGAGGAAACGGAGUUUAGCUCGGGGAAAAAUGAGUCAGAAUCGUGGUUGCGUGAUUACCUAGAUUUUGUCGAUCAGUUCUCAGGCGUCAUUCCGGGUCUGGACGCCUCGAGCAAAGCGUCAUUCAUAACAAAUCUCAGAGAUCAUUUUCUCUCAAACGCUCUUUUCAAACGGUACGAACUCGACAUCGAGUUCAACCACAACCAAACCGAAAUUCUCGCUUCCCGUUUCCUGGUCCAAACGAAAGAAAUAACCAGUUCUGUCCGUGAGAAGGAAAUGGUGAUCAAAAUGAGAGAACUCGCUUAUCAGAGUCCUUUCAACACCACGGUUUACCACCCUAGCUUUAUCUUCUAUGAUCAGUACAUCGCCAUCCUUCCCAACACCCUGCAGAACCUGGGUAUCGCCACAGCCACCAUGUUCGUGGUAGCCCUUGUCCUUGUGCCCCACCCCGUCUGCUCCAUCUGGGUGACCCUGUCCAUCGCGUCCAUCUGCACGGGGGUGGUGGGGUACAUGACCUUCUGGGACGUCAAUCUAGACGCCAUUUCCAUGAUCAACAUCAUCAUGUGUAUCGGCUUUUCUGUCGACUUUUCGGCCCACAUCACGUACGCCUUCGUGUCCUGUAAAGAGGACAGUAGCAAUGCUAGAGCAGUGUUUGCCCUGUACACGUUAGGCAUGCCCAUCCUACAAGGUUCCCUCUCCACCAUACUAGGUGUAGCAGCCUUGUCCACCGCCCCGUCUUACAUCUUUCGCACCUUUUUCAAAACGAUGUUCCUGGUGAUUCUGUUGGGGGCGCUGCAUGGGCUAGUUGUUCUGCCCGUGCUGCUGACCUUCCUCGGACCGGGUGUGUGUAGAGAACACCAGGUUAUACGGGAAUCACAGAGUGGUCCAGUAGGAAAUGAUCUGAUUGACGACAACAUGCGAGCUUGGCUAGACAGUUUGAAUUCACCCCAGAAAAAUAUCAGAAAAUCGGAGCACCCUUCAAGUGAUCGGUACAUGGACAAUAGUGACUUGCCCUCAUCGUCUCAACAAACAUACACCAACCCUUCAUUUCAACCUGAUUACAAGUAAAGUUCUCACAUGUCGAAAUUUGAGUAGAUGUACGUUAGACAUUGGUGGCAUGGAAGACUAAUAACGUAACAAACGGUCUUGGCAAAUUUACAUCCGAGUGUGUAGUAAUGGGGACACCACCGUGUUGUUUUCCGGGAGAUUUUUAUAGUGGGAUGAAAAUCUAAAUACUUUUAAUUUUGUCCUAGUGGAAAGCAUACUCUUUCUGUCAUCCCCCUGAUGAUAGGAAACUCUCCAAGCCAAGCCAAGCAGAGGUUGGUGGGAAAAAUUCCGUUCUGUGCGGCUGUUUGGAGAUUACAUAUGAGUUAGAUGACCCGGUCGGGAAGUUUGAGAAACAGAAAUUAAAAUGUAGACGUAGAAAUAUAUACAGAUCAUUCCCAUUAAACUUAUUUUGAUAUUUUGAGUAUUAUGACGUUUUUCAUGUCGUUCGUUUUGCUCCCGAUAGCUGUCCGACCGGGUCCCGGUUGGAAAUGUGACCUAAGCCUUACUGUGUUCUGCAAGUAGAUACAUGUUGAAUGUUGUACACAGAAAACGACACAGCAAUUAACAUGUAACUGUUUUAAGUACCAGGUUUUAUGUAAAUAUGUCUAUCAGUUGAGUUAUUAUAUAUGAUGGGGGCAAGUGAGAUGAAAAAAGGACACGCCGCAUGGCAAAGGGGUCUUCGCAAAUAUCAUCAACUUGUAGAUUAACAGUACGUGCAUGUAUCUAGCCUUGUGGACCUGAUUGCGAAACUCCCAAGCUUUUUUAUAUGUGUGAGCAGGUCUUUUCAAAAUAUGUAACGUUAUCUCUACCAAAUGUCAUGUUUUAUGUUUCCAAUGUCGUGGCACGAAAGAUGUUCUGCAAUUUUCAUUUUUCAGUAUCUUUUGUGAAAAUAUUUAUAUAUUACAUGAGGUGUUGUUUAUAUACAAUGCUGUUAUUUUAGUAUAUACGUGUACGCUAUGCGUCAGGAGCUGAAUAUCCAAGGUGUGUACACAAAAGCCUUUUGUGGCUUUGAACAGUGAUGUCCCCUCAGUAUAGUUUGUUCAGAAUAAUGUGAGGAGAUGAAUUGAUUCCGUGGUACAUGGCUGACAUGCACUAUUUUAUUUACUGACAGCUAUAACAUGUUCAUUAUCCCAAUACAAGACGAACAGCAUUUUGUAGACGAACGUAGAUUACUAGUAAUACUAGUAUACAACAAAGAGAGAGCUGCAUGAACUUUUCAUUCAUUAUCUAGUUUCAUAUUUAUCAGUACUGAAAGAUAUGACAGCAGCGGUGAAACAAGCAAGCAUCUGACUUAUGAUUUUACGAUUUUAAACACCUGUUUCACCAGUUGGGUGAUUUGCACGGAUGCUUAUUUGUGCUGUACAUAUGGCUGGUCAGAAUAAACCACUAUAAUACGUGA